CCGUCAACAGAUUGCCUCGCUUCUCCGAGUAUAUAAGAAGCUGAUUCAAGCGUCUCUUGCGUGCUAAACUUACAAACGAGCGCGCUACUUUUGACUGGCUUCGUCGACAGGAUUCAGGAACCAGGGUACUCUAUAAAAUGGCUCUCAUGUCCGCCGCUGCGUACAUUCCGCUGCUAUGUGCCUGCUCGUUGAUGCUCACGAGCUCCGUGGAAGCUUUUUCUAACGUGCUGCUGCAAGGUUCAACUAUGUUUUCUGAGCAAUAUCUUGCUCAGGGACCAUAUCAGUUCAAAAUGCAAGAGGACUGCAACCUCGUGUUGUACAAGAACGGGCAACCACUCUGGGCGACCGAUACCGGUGGUCUAGGCCGCGACUGCGAGUUCAGACUGAAGAAAAAUGGAAACGCAGUACUCUACACUGGCUAUGACAACGCCUUGUUUGAGUCCAAGACUGCGGACAUGAACAACGGGGCUCACUACAUAAUAAUGCAGUGUGAUGGCAACGUGGUGAUGUACACUGCAGAAGGGAGCCCGAUUUGGGCGACCAUGACAAACGGAAAAGUCCAGGUCAUCGAUCUCGGCUCACCUCCAACUCCAACCGUGAACUCCACCUCGUCGGCUGUCAUCAAGUCUGUGAGAGGAGGACGUUCUCACUAGUGAGGUGAGAAGGAGAAAUCCUUCUGUCAGUCACCAUCUGAAGAAGGAAACCUACUCGGAAUAUGGCAGAUCCAAAUGGUUAUGUUAUUCUAGUAUUUCUGGGGUUGGAUUUGCGGUUAUUGAUCUAGUAUACAGAUGAAGAUGGUUAAAAGUUUGCUAAAUAAUCGUACGAAUCUGGGGAUCAGGAUAUAGACCUUCUCAGAUUUCUGUACACAUCUUUACUCUGGUAUAAUCUAAGUGUGCAUUUGAGAUGUGAGAUUUCCAUCCAUCACCCAGUUGAGAAUGUGGUAAGGUAUCAAGGAUUUAUGAGAAUGUGGUGAGGUGUUAACGAUUUAUGGCGAUUUGUAGUCUGGGAAUUUUGAAUCUGUCACUUUAAAGAGUAAAACAUCAUCCAUGCAACGAGUGGGGUCAAGAAGAGGAGCGCGAAAACUUGUGCAGGUAGCCAUGGCUCCUAACUUAUGUAUUUGCAUGCAAUCAGACUUGCACGUGAUUUGUGGAGUGUGAUUUGCAUGACGUUCAUUUAAAGGGAACACAUCGAACCAGCCCAAACUUAGUAAGAACUGCUGCUCUUAAUGUAGCUACUUGUGAACUACUCAAUUAAGUGUUACGCUGAACACACACAAAAAGGCCUGUGACUGGCUUGCCUUGUAGCACGAUUACUGGCCUAGUGGUUAAAAACUAUGUCA